AACUGUGGACAGUGAUCAAGGUCCAAGAUCCAUACCAAACUCUGCAUUGAGCUCGCAAAAGCUCGUGUUCUUGUCACACGCUCCUUAGCCCCAUCAAUCCAUCUCAAAGCACAUUGCUCAAUUGCUUCUUAUUCGAAACGCUAGAACUGCAAUUGCACCUCUCUGUUCUAACCGAUUGGGGAUGUCGCCAUGACGAGUCAACCAGCCGUGCAGAAACACGUGCACGUUUCGAGCUUGCCCCACACUGCUGAGCCCGCGAUCGAGAGCAAGAAGUCUUUCCUGGACACCUUAUCACCCGAGUUACGAAACGAAAUCUACCGUCUCUGCCUGGUAGCGCCGAAAUCAGUGCACAUCGCCGGGGAAACCCCCAAGCUCGGCAUCGUGUGGUACAGCACAUUCGACCACACGCUAGAUUGGCAACUUGUGAAGCUCUUUACUCCAGGCCUUCUGCGCUGCUGUAAACAAAUCAGAGACGAAUCCAUAUCGAUCCUGUACGGCGAGAACGCCUUCCGCUUCCGAAACUUCGUGCAAGCACAACGAUUCUUGGAAACAUUUCGCGUAGCAUUACUGCAUCUUCGAUAUAUUACUGUCUUUUCAGAUGACGAACGCCAAUUCGAUAUUGAGCGCUUGUUCAUCACGCUUAAACGCGCACCCAAGCUGCGCAGACUAACGCUCAGUUUUCAUGUUACUCCUGAUCGCUGGAAUACCCCCGGGCGCGGGAUGAAGCGUUACGACGCUAAGAAAGCUGCGAAGGUAUUGGGACCGCUAAUACGCAAUCUCUGGAGACAGCGCCAGCGCGGUGAUAGUUCAAAGAAUGAGGUCCUCGGCACGAUUCGUUGGACAGCGAAAAACUGGCACCAUUUUGCUCCCUCACCGGGAACUCAAGAGGAAGCAGCCCAGUUCGAAUUUGAGGUGAUAGCUCUUCUCGAGAAGACUUUGAAGUGA